AUGUCGUGGCUCUUUGGAUCCUCCAGUGAGAAAUCUGCCUCCGCCCCUGCAGAGGCCCAGACGAAGCCUGCUCAGACCGACAAGCCCAAGCCCUGCUGCGUCUGCAAGGAUGAGAAGACCGCUCGCGAUGACUGCAUGCUCUUCUCCAAGUCCGAUGACGCCGCCAAGGAGUGCCAGUCUACCAUCGAUCAGUACAAAACCUGUAUGGCCGGCUUUGGUUUCAAGGUCUAG